AUGACUGAAACUUUGUACCAGGAGCCUGAUUUAUGUGGUAUACUCACCAAUGACGAUCCGUCGUGCAGCCCGGAAAAGCGUGAACCAGAGAUGCCACUAGAACCAUGUUUGAUCGGCUCCUCGCAUCAAAAUGAGUGUUUACCUAGUAGUUAUAGUCUCUUAAAAGCUCCAGUUAUGACUGAAACUUUGCACCAGAAGCAAAAUUAA